AUGGACCUCUUGGAUUAUCCUAGCGACCUAGAUGAAACUGUCACCCCAAUCAUGGGCUCUCCAUUACCCAGCCAUGGCCAGGUUUUAGAAUCUGACAGUCCUGACUGUUCACCUGAACCUGUUCAAAGACCCUAUCACAACAGAACAAGAAAAGUGAAAGGUGGAAGAAGAAAAAAGGCUGAAGUCAGCUUUAGUUUAGCUGGCUCAGCUGCUGACAGACCAGUAACCCAAGAGUAUUUAAAUGGGAUCUAUGAAGAAUUGCAAGCUAUCAGAGGAAAUCGACUGCUGUAUGAACGAGAACAAAAAUUGAAAGAACGAGAACGUAUGCUAAGUAUUUCACAAAGCAACUUGCAAACCAUUACAGACCAUCAAGCUAGACAGCAGGUGGCUGCUGUGCAACAGGAUUACCUGAAUCAGAUUGCCCACCUAGAACAAGCACUGAAAGAAAAAACAAAAGAGAACAAACGUUUGAAAGAAAACUUUGAAACAAUGAAGCAAGCCAAUGACACACUGAAGAAAGAGAUUGGUUUACUCCAGAAUGAGAGUGAAAAGCUUGCAAAACAGCACAACUCUGUCCAAGCAAGACUUUCAAAUCUACAGAAGAAACAGGAGUUUGAACAACGUCAGAGAGAUGGAGAGGUGAAUGCACACCAGCUUUCUGUGGAACCAAGGGUAGUCAAAAACAGCAAAGAUACAGAAGAAAAGAAAAACAAACAGCAGCAAAAGACUAAGGCUUCUAACAGUCCAGUUUACGACAUCAUGUCUGUAUUAUUGGAAUGGGUUUGUGAUGCUCAUCUUCGCCAGUCUAUAACAGAUCAACCAACACACCCAUCAGAAAAAUUCUGUGCUCCGGAGUUUCUGCAAGAUAAAAUCUUAAAGGUGCUGCCAUCUUUUGUGGAUAUUCUCCGUGAGACUCAUUUAACCAGUGUGAAACGCAGCUUACCUUGCUUACAGUUCAUUUACUGGUCACUACUUCUUAUUGAACAAGGAAACAGUCAGCAGAAAGCAAGUUUAUCAUCUACAUUGCGCCGCCUAGGAGAAGAAAUCUACCGUCCAAGGUGGCUUCGUUUAACAGAUGAUAGUGCUGCAGGAAUAGCUAUUGCUGGACGCAUGUUGGAACCAGGCGAGACUGUUGGUAGUGAAGCACCAAAAGAUGGCCUCUUUCUUUGCAGCCAUAACCAGCAUAUAAGGCUCUUGUCCUGCCUCAUAAUACUCAAAACUCUGUCUCAAGCUGAUGUUAUAGCUCAUGCUUUUGAAGUGCUGAAAGUGGAGCUGAAGUCUGAGGUAGCAAAAGAACUGUUCUUGUAUUACCAGGCCACUCAAGUUAUCAUACAUUAUCUCAAGCCUGUCAACAAGGUGUUUAUGGGGACAGCUGUGGAUAUCCUUCUUCAAAUGUCCACAGAUUCUCCUUUUCAAGCUGCUUUCCUUGAAAGCUGUAGCACAGAAGCUUUCUUUCGCACAGUUGCCAUGGUGAUACGCACACCCGUGUCGGAUGCCAGAAUAAUGGAACGUCUGAGCAUCAUACUUCAGAAGCUGUCUAAGAUCAAAUCAAACAAGAAAUACUUUGAGGUCUACACCAUUGUGACCAUCAUCCAGGAGCUUUUGAGAAACUGUGGCAAUGAGAAUGCUUUCCUGGCUCUAAACCUAAAAUCAAUUUUGUUCAAUUUGAACUCCGCUUCAUAACAGUCACUGAUUGAUUAAGAGAAAUACUGUCAACAGCAGGGAAAACAAAAUCUCCAGCAUAUUACUUACAGUUAUAUGGUAACUGGUUUUAAAAAAUAUAUAGUAUUUAUUUCUUUUAAAAUAUGUGCUGUUUGUUGGGUUUUUUUUUAAUUCUUCAAGGCUGAUUUGUUCCUUUAAACCCUUUUACUGUGAUGGAAACAUGUCCAGUGGUGUCCAGUCUUGUUAUUAUAUCAACAAACAGCCUGGUGUUUUAUAAAGCUUUCUAUUUUUAUUUCUUUUGUAAAUAAAAUUUUUGGAAAGCUCUUUAUUGUUAUUUUUUCAUAUUUUAUUAAAAACAAGAAAAAAGGAAGCAGUGUGACUCAGCCACCUUAAUAUCUUUUUUUCACAUUUUACGCCGGUUCCUCCCUUGACAUAUUUCUUUGUAGGCUAUCUGAUGGAAGGUAUUUCAGGAAUCUGCUUAUCUUUAAUUUCUUUACGACUUCAUGCUGCAUCAGAUCUUGCAUGCUUAUGGAAACACUGCUUUAAUGUUUGUGUUAAGAUAUGCAGCUUUUUUAAAUGGAGAUAAGCUGGAACCUCUAUAUUGGUUUGAUUUCUUUUAAAACUUUUAGCAUGUAAUGUACAUUGUAAAUUAUGCAAUAAAUACCAGUUUUAUUGUUUAUUUUGAUGAAGACAUAAAGACAUUUUGAACUUUA